AUGAACCGUUCCUCAGUGCGUCUGUUCGGGAACUACUCCCGAACGUCUGGCGCUCAACAGCACUCGCAGGCAGCACACACGUCGUCUUUGUCGAGCACUCGUUCUUCUUCUGUUCUCGGUUCGUUGGUGCGUAUGCGGAACCAGUUCCAUCGACUGCGACACGCCCAACAGCAGCAGGCGAUCGCAGCUGUGUUGGCGCGGUACCGACUGCAGCCAGCACUGAGGACGCCUGCAGCCUCCACUUCUCGGGCAGCAGGUCAGAUCGAUGGGGACGAUUCGGUCGGUCAAGAGGGCAGCGGCGAAGCUGGCGGCUCGGCCGCUUCGUCUGUUCUUCAAACCGCCAUCAUUCUCUGCACCGAGGCGCUGCGGCUUCUUAACGGUGAGGUGCGCUGCCGUGAUAAUCUUUCGGAUGUGCCGAAGAGCUCCCCCAUGUACGGGUCAGAGGUCGGCAAGUUACUCAACAUUGCCGCAGCCUUCGGCGCCUCGACUACCUUCCCUCGCGUGCAGCACGCCCUUCAUUGGAUCAAGCUCAACAAGGAGUCGUUGCACACUCCUCGGCAGGUGAUGUCGCUGUGCAUGCCCUUGCUCAGCUUGGCCGAUGGACGGACGGCUGGGGUGGCGUUUGUGCUCGAGGAGCUUUACGAGCCUCUCCUGCUUGCGCUGCAAGAUGUGGCCUCCACCUCACCUGAGUCAGCAGCAGAGUCGGCAGACAACGCCCCCAGCGAUGCCACGGCUGCCGUGCAGCAGCAUCUGGUGGCCAUUACGUCCGCUAUGGGUAUGGUGGCGAAGUGGUCUAGUCUGCGGCUUGGCAGCAAGUCGAAGGGUUCGCUCUCAUCAUCGCCUUCGGAGGUGCUCGCGGCAGCGAAGUCAGAUGCGACGGCCGAAGAACUGGAUAAGAUGCUGAGGAUUGCCGAGACGUGCGCGGCGGCGCUCAGACGCCAGAGCGACCGCUGCCGUGGCACCGGUCCCGAUGAGGCUUUUGUGGCGAUGGCGCACCUGUCCCCGUCUGACGUGCUGCAGUGGAUCCAGUGCCUCCAUGGGCUCGAAAAGAUGUACGCGUUGGUAGCCCCCACGCUGGGGGUCUCUCGUGCCCAAGCAGAGGCCGCAUCGCGGCGCCUUCUCCUGUGCUACCGUGCCUUGCUGCCCUUGACGCAGCGCACCCUGGAGCUGCCCGGCGGAGGUGGCGGCGCGACUGUCGCUGCUGCGAGCAGUGCCACCUUCGCAACAGGGGCGACUGCCACAAGCGUGCGAGUGGCAGAUGUGGUGGAGCUCAUUCAGGCGGGCUUGCAGACCAGCAUUGAACCCACCCAUGUGGACCUAGCGCUUUCCUACGGCCUGCAGGCACUGCCCGGGGCACUGGCCUCAGCCACGGUCAAAGAUCUCAGCGAUGCCGCCCAAGUCGUGAACAAGGUGCGACAGAAGCGGCCGUCCGCGCUCCCGGCACCACUGCUGCUCUCUAUUCAAGCUGCCUUUCGUCCCGCUUUGUUUCUCUUGCGUGAGACGCACGCCCUGCAGUUCCGCGCGUCUGACUGUGGCGUUCUUCUUUCGAGCCUUUCUCGCUGGGAGGAGGUUCCGGGGGUGACGGUCAGCGCCGACAUAGUCGAGCUUCUGUCCCAGCGCUUCGUGGAGCAAAUGCACGUCGUUGGCGCAAGCCAUCUCGUGCCCUUCGUGGCGUCCCUUGCUCGUUUCGAGGAGCGGAAGCGGCCGCCGCAGCGUGGCGGCGCUGCAGGUCAGGCAGUCAAAAAUGCCGCCGUGCUUGGCGAGGAUCUGGCGGGUGAAAGUGCUCAACUGGCCUACUCAGGCGUCGCAUGGAAGACAUCAGAGGGCCGAGCAGACCGUCUCACGUCCCCACCGGUUCUCGGAGCACGCACCCGCGGCGCUGAAGGGGUGCGGUACCGCUUCUGCACGACUUCACGUGUUGUGUCGCAGUGCGUCCAGCGCGCCAUUGUCCUGGCCGGCGACACGGAGACCCCUGGUGAUCCAGCGGCACCCCCGCGUCUUUCCACCGCGGAUGCAGCGCAGCUGCUGACCUACUUUGUGCAGCUAUCCGCACCGCAGUGCGCGGACUUCUUCAACAAGGUCGAGCCACUGCUCGCGCCGGCCAUCCACGGCAGCGCUGCCACGCCGUCCCCCGCCUCAGCAGCGAUCCGCCUGCGUGUAGUGACGGGAGAUGCCGUCCAACGGUUUGUGCGGUACGCUGCUGAGCAGCGUGAGCACACGUGGGCACAGUGCACAAAUCCCACCGCGCAGGAGACACGGAAGGAGGCUUCUGUCGUCGAAGUGCGACGCGCCACUGCCUUGCUAAGGGGUAUGUCACGUGGUCUCACCAAGCUCGUCCGCGAGGCUGCUAGUCCGAAGGAUUUGGUGCUGGUGUGCUCGCUGUUGCGCCGUCGGCUGCUGGACAAAGGUGCAGCGGCUGGUGUCGCAGUCGAAGGCGGCGAGGGAGCACUGAAGAAGCUAAAGAGCGCUAAGCCGACCACCGCCGUCGCGCGCGCGCGAACGCGGGCGUGGACGCGUAAGGAGCUGGAGCUGGCUACCGUCUUCGCCGCACAGGCGUCGAAAAUGGCCCCCGAAUGCAAGGGCGUAGAGCUGGGUGCGCUUGCCAGCGUCACGUCUUCCCUGUGCACUGCAGGCGUGCUGCCCCAUCCAGUGGCACAGCAGUUCAUGCGCGCCGUGUGGGCCCGCUGCGCAGCCGGGCUUGCUGUCGCCUCGAGGGGCGAGGCCGUGGGACCAGAGGCUGCUGCAGCGCUUACGCUCAGCCUGGAGAACUGCAAAACCAUCAUGGAUGCGUCUCGCUCGGCCCACCUGACGCGGACCGUGCCGCCGGUCAUUUUUUUGGAGGCCUUUGCCGCCCAGUGCAGUGAGCUCCUGGAGGAGAGCUCGGGCGCGGCCGGUGGGGAGGGGUCGCCCUCAACCGCGCGCGGGACGGCACGAGCGUACGCCGAGGCGGUCACGAAGCUGCGCCGCACCGCGGACUUGGGGCGGUCGCUCGUGUCCUACUUCGGAUCGCUGCGGCCGUCUCGCGGCGCGGCGGAGGGUGACGCGGCGAUGGAGAGCACAACUUGGCGAGAGGCCCAGGUAAGUGCGCUAGAGUCCUACCUCGAAGUUGCCCAUUCUGUGGUGGAAGCUUACGCGACGGAGGCCACGCUCUCCGAAACAUGGUGGGCCGAGUUGGAUGGCGGCAACCCGCCACCGAUGCCGCUGGAGCUGCUCAGCACAACCGCCAACGUGAUGGCACAGAUUUAUCGACUGGUGCACCGCGGCGUCGGCUCGACGAAGCGAGUCAGCAGCAUACCCGCAACGGCGCCGACCGUCCCCGACGAAGUGCCGGACGCAGAGGGCGAUGUUCUGGACGGCAGCUUGACGGCGGUGGAUGGCGCCGGAGUAGCGGUCCGGUCCGAGUUGGAGAGCAAAGCGCUCGAGGAUGAUGUGGAGCCAUCGCCUCUCCUCUACCACUCGCCGGCAAACCUUUCCACUGUCACUCUUGACCAAGCAGUCCGUGACACUCUAGGACUGCUGGGCGACACGAUUGUGGCUCUCGCCAGACAGCAACAGCAGCAGCUCUCUUCGAGCGUCUCUGCAAAUGUGUCGGGCGAGACAGCCACAGAGGACUACGGGCGGCUCACAACUGCGCCAGGUCAUGCCUUGGUGCAGAACCCAAAGCACCUUCUGAUGCUCUUGCGGGCCUUCGAGACAGUCGAGCACCCGCACCCGGAGAUGCUGUACAGCGUGUUGCCGGAGCUGCGCGGCUGCGCUGACCGGCUCGACCCAUUGGAACUGUCACUGCUCAUUCGCGCCUUAACGCAGCUAGGCGCGUGGAACAGCCGCCUGCUGAGCGCGCUUGCCACCGCCGUGGCGUCGAAGAUGAAUCAGUGCAAGUUGCGGCAGUGCUACACACUGCUGCACGGGCUGUGCUGGUCUGGCUGCACCAGUCCAGACACGUAUGUGGAGCUGCGGUCGACACCGCGCAGGGACGGGGAUUCUGGCCGCGGCGGUGCCGCGAACAAGGCGGCGGCGCAGGAACCGUUGCAGCGUUUGGCGGAGAGCACGCUGCUCCGCCUGGACGCAUUCGUGCGCACCAAGGACGCGUUUAUGUCGUUGGCGCGGACGGCCGCGGUGGCGGACUUGGUGGGUGUGGUGAAGGUCCUGCGCUUCUUUCACGCGCCGCCGGCAGCGACGUACGACGCUUUCGUGGUACUCGCCGUUCGCAGACUCGCCUCUCAGGCGAAGCGUCUGUCGCUCGGAACGGUUGUGCAGCACACUAUGGUGCUGCUCAACGCCGUAUCGGAGCUUAGGCAGCCGGAGCAGCAACGUGUGUCGGCGCAGGCGUUGUGGACGGUGCUGCGCCGCGCGUUCGCGUCGUCGACGGAAGCCGGUUCACCAGGCGCGUUGACUGCAGCCGCGGGGGAUGCGUUCGGUGGUGUGCUGCACCUGCCCGCGUGCUGGGAACUCACCCGAUUUGCCGCUUUGCAUUCCCUGCAAUACGGCCGAGAGGCGACGCGGGAUUUCUUUGUACCCAUCGUCGCCUCAACCACGGAGCAGCGAGCGGUCAGUUGCGCACGUCUGACUCAGACGCGUCUUGCGAGGUUUAUCGAAACGCACGCGUCGGACCUCGCGGCCGACGCACGCUCACCUUUGCCUUUCUUGACGGCCGCCGAGCGGGCUGCUCUCCGUCGAUACGCGCUUCACGCCUCACCGUGCCUGGUGCGCGGCGAUCGCGAGCUUGACGCCUACAUGUGCGCACCCCUGAAGCUUGCUCGCUUGAUCGCGGACGGCGACCCAACCACACUCGUGCACGCUGCCACUACGGCCGCUCCGGCAGCUCAAGCGAGGCGGUGCAUACGGCUUCUUGCGUGUCUCCUCCGCACCGACCUGUGGCCUCCCUCAAUCUCGGCUGCGACGGCCGACACGCAAAUGCUGGUCGCUGCGCUGCUGCGACUAUGGACGGCGGCGGAGCUUGACGGCCUCCUUCGCCAUUCGCCAGGCGCCUUCUCGACGGAGGAAUUGCUGGUGCUGGCGGCUGCUGCCGAUCGUGUGCACCAGUACAGCAUGGAUGCCGGCAACUUGCAGGACGACUUUGCCGUGGCCGUGCGCCAGCUGUGUGCUGCCACGACGGAGUGGCGCCUGCCUGCUGCCGUGGAUGCAUGGAUGCUGUUCGCCAUGCCCUUUAUGGCGAGCUCGUCGAUACCGGCGGCCGCGCUGCCGAACGACAGCGACGAGCUCUUCGUGAUGCUAGUGGCGAGCGGUGACGUGCUUGUAACGAGGUUCGCGCACGCACAACAGUCAUGGACGACGAGUGGGGCACGAAUGCUGCCGGAGCUGCUGCGUCUGUUUCGCGGUCCUGGCCAGCUGGAUGUGGCCAUGUUGCAAUCGAGGGCUGUCGGUGUCGACACGCUGUCUUCCGCGCUUCCCCACCCUGCCGCCGACGCCCCGGCCGCACGGGUACGCUUUGUAGAGAUCUACAGAGAGCUGCUCCGCUGCUUUACGGUGUGCCUCACUUGA